UGUACCUGUACGCAAUAAAGGUAGCACUGCGGUCAGUGCAAAUUAACGUCUCCCCUACCCUGCACAUAUCCAGGAUUUCAAUGUGAUAUCGAUGGCCGAUUGCACUUCUCACAAUAAAAUGGUUGCAAGUUGAAGAACUGCUCAAAGUGCUCUGUUAAGAACGCUGCUGUUAUACAUGAUAAUGAGGAUCAAGAACCUUCUGCUACGAAAGCCAAGAUAUUGAAUGGUAGCAGUCAAUAUCUCGAAACUAUCCGAGGAUUACCGCAGCUACCCCAAACUAAGAACAAUAGUCAAACAGGCGGAUUGUGCCCUAACACAAUAGAGUUUGCGGGAAUAAACAAGCAAAGGUUGGCUUGGAUACAGUCACAAUGUCGCAACAAGCUCACUGACAGUGUUAGAUCGAAUCUUUCUAACAUUAAGGAGAUGUUUUACUUUCCUAAAUCUUUGUUGGGAUGGUGUCCAGUUUACAAGGCAGCGUCCUCAAACGUGUUUGCACAUUUCUGCAGCGACUAUUUUGAUAAUGAAACAUGUCAAGACAAACGUGUUAAAGAGAAGGGUUUCAAAGGAGGCUUCAGAGAACUAAAGGACUUCAAAGAAAAGAAUCCUCCGCCUAAAGAAGAGAAAAGAUUCUUGGUAGUUCGAGAUCCAUUCAGAAGACUACUCUCCCUCUACAGAAACAAAGUAGAGCUGUUAAGCCACCCAGCAUAUAGAGAAAUUUACGUGGACUUCAUGUUUCAUUACCGACCAAUAAGAUGGCAUACAAACAUUGAGAGGAAGAUAAGUGCGUUCCAGGCGGUUCACUUCGCGGAAGCAAUGACCGAGGGUACAGCUCAGAGGAAACCACAAGAAGACAACCCAUAUUUAUAUCCACCAUAUCCCACAUUUAAGGAGAUUGUGGACGCAACGAUAGCCGGUUGGGCAAAUGUUCACCUCAUCCCAGCUAGUCAGAGAUGUGGUCCGUGUGGUUCUACUAAGUACGAAUUCCUGCUUAAAGCGGAAACGUUUGACUGUGAUCUUAAAAAUAUGUUCAACCUAACCAGCAACCUAAGACUCCUCACAAAUAUUGAGAGAUGGGCCACAAACCAGACCCCUGUCCUAGACAUGAAAAUUUUCUACAGCUACUUCUCCACAUUGUCAACGGAGCAGUUGGACGGCCUGCUCUACCUUUACCAGGACGACUGUUUACUCUUCCAGUACCCAUGUUCUAAGCACGUGGAAAAUAUUAAACAAUUUAAAUUGUUAAAUUCUGGUUACAAGCAUGAGUAUAAGAAUACUUGGUCAGGUAGGAUCGGUGAUUGGGACAUUAUUAGCUGAAUUUAUGAACUUUGUUUGAAGCUGCUGCUGGGGUUGAUGUUAUUACUACAUAUUAUUAGGAAUACCCUAGGAGACAUAUUUAAGUGGUUGGAGAUCUGGGGAUUCAGUGUCUUAGAAAUUUAGGUGUCUUCAGUGAUUCACGAUUUUCUGUGUCUUCAGUGAUAGAUCAUCUUUUCUGAUGUUCGCCCCAUUCAAAACAAGAAGCAGGCUAGAAUACUGUCGCUUGGUCUGGAAUCAAGAUUGCACUAGCUUACUUUUAUGAUUAUUAUUAUUAUUAUUUACAAUUAUUAAAUUUGAUGGAACUGUUUACUUAAAUGUAUUUAUUUUAUUUGAAAAUUCAAUUAAUUAUUAUAAUAUGUGACACUAUUUAACACUUUUAAGAAGAUUUUUUAUGAUGUAAAAAUAUAUACAGCAUUUCAAAUAUUGUGUGUAACCUGUUUUGUAUUAUGUUUUUUUCUUUUUUAUUUCUGGGUCACGACCCUAUUUUAUUUAAAACCUCUAUUCUAUUUAAACUUUGUAUAAAACUGUAGGUCUCUUAUUCUAACCGUUCACCAUGACUGACCUGAUGUCAUUCUAAAAUGGUUCUGUAGUUCUAAAAAUUUAGUUAAAAAUUGAGUAUUUACGUAAUAUUUUAAUAGUUACCUUCAUACCCACAGUUUCAUGUUACAACUCACUCUAACUCACUCUAACUCACUUCCUUAAUAUAUGUGUUUUGAAGGGCACUCCGCACUCUAUUAACAGUUUUUUACUGAUUUGAAUGUCCUGCACAGCAGAUUGGAGCUUUUUAAAUUAAUUUGUAUUCUUAUUGUAUUACUGUGUAAAUUUGAUUCUAAUUCUUUUUCUAA